CAACGUUAGCCACGUGAGAGUCAACGUAUCCAGCAUGAUGACCUGUAUCUAGACACAUCUAGCAGUAGUCCCACUCUGACGUUUGGUGCUAUAAGCCUGUUUACCCCUGGGCAUGCCCGCUCUUCCCAUCCGACCCUCACUGACAUGCAAAUCCCCAAACUCUGUGACUCCAUGCCAUAACAGAAAACUUGAACCGAAUGGUGCGUUUCCUGGACUGAGAUGACUGUGAGCUAAUUCCUUCCUGACCUCACCUGCGCUUGACGUGCGGUAGCAUCUUGGUUCUGCACCUUAUCACCAUCAAACAAGACAGACGACUUGCCACUUUCACCACAUGUCCAUACACUUCGGAAGGAGGGGAAUGUGAGAGAUAAAGAAAACCGGAACCGACAGACUCCUCCCAAACUCCCCUGAAGCAGUGGUAUAUCCCCCCUUCCUACCCACCGGUUCUUUUAAUUCUUCGAUCCUGAGGACAGACGCUUUCCCCCCUUAGCAACAAAACAGCCCGCAUGACAAGCCCCUGUCUGCUUCGGUGUUAAGUCUCCCGUGUCCAAGGCCACUCGUUCCUUUUUCCAGUUUCCCUCUUGGGUUUUUGUUCUUCCCCCUUUACGAAACCUCCCACCACCCGCCCCUAUAUCCCAUCGAUAGACAACUUGAUGCCAACCCACCGCCACCGCCCAUCUCUAACAGUAAUGCCCCGAUCCCGGGACGACACCCCCUCCUCCUCCUCCUCCCUCGAGCGAGGCGAAGACCCCCACCACGGCCUCACCCUCAAGCAAGAGCUCGAGUGGAAACCAGGAAAACAGGAAUACGCCGUCAUGAUCACCCUCGCAAUCAUCUCCCUCAUGGUUGCCCUCGACGCAACCAUCCUCGUGUCCGUCCUCCCCACCCUCGCCAUCGACCUCGGCGGGACGGCAACAGACGCCUUUUGGGCAGGGACAUCCUACCUCCUGUCCUGUGCCGUGUGCCAGCCCUUCAUCGCCGCCUUGUCUGACAUCUUUGGCAGAAAGGAGAUGCUCAUCUUUUCGGUCUUGUUCUUCACCCUCGGCACCGUUCUGUGCGCCCCGAUUGCGAAGAACUUUACUGUUUUUUUUGCGGGGAGGUCGGUGCAGGGGAUUGGCGGUGGGGGGAUUAUUACUAUGGGACAGGUUAUUUUUGCGGAUAUUGUGCCGCUGAGACAGAGGCCAAAGUACUUUUCUUUGGUGCUGGCUGCGUGGGCGCUGGGGAGUGUGCUUGGGCCCUUGAUUGGGGGGUUGUUUGUCGAGAAGGCAUUCUGGAGUUGGUGCUUCUACAUCAACCUGCCUUUUUGCGCGUUGGGCCUGGUGUUGAUUCCUUGCUAUGUCAAGCUGACGACUCAGCGGACGAGCUUGAGGAGCAAGCUUGCAAGGGUGGAUUGGUUGGGCGGGUUUUUGUUUAUUGGGGGGUUGACGAGUUUCUUGGUUGGCAUGAGCUGGGGAGGUGUGCAGUUUGAGUGGUCGUCUGCGCAGGUCAUCGCGCCCAUGGUGGUAGGUGUGCUCAGUGUUGCCAUGAGUGUUGUUUGGGAGAGCUAUGGGGCGAGGGAGCCGUUUUUGAGGCCGCAGCUGUUUUGCAGUGGGAGCGCGCUUGCCGCCUAUGCUUGUGCUCUUUUCCAGGGCUUUAUUCUCUUUUGUGCGCUGUACUACGUUCCCUUCUACUUCACCGCGGUUCGGUUCGAAAAGCCGACGCAAUCCGGACUCGACAUCUUCCCAGUCACAUGUCUCCUGCUCCCCGGAAGCAUCGUCGUUUCUCUCAUUUCCUCCCGAACAGGCCACUACCGCUGGGCGAUCUGGUCUGGCUGGGCCAUCACCGCCAUCGGCUGCGGUCUCCUCCACUUCUUCGACACCGACACCCCCACCCCCGUCUGGGCUGUCAUUCUCGCUGUCUUCGGUAUCGGCCAUGGCAUCCUCCUCACCAGCGUCAACGUCGGCAUCCAGGCUAUCAGCCGGGUCGAAGACGCCGGCCGAGCCGCAGCCAUGUACGCCUUCAUGCGCACCAUGGGAAUGUCCAUCGGUGUCGCAGUCGGUGGUACAGUCUUUCAGAACCUCAUGGUCAAGAAGCUCGACGAGCUAGGCAUGCCGGAGGAGAUUGCUCACGACUCAGAGGCAUUCGUUGUUCAGAUGGCCGCCAUGGACCCUACCGAUCCUGUCCGGAUCGGCGCCCUCGAAGCCUACGUCGCCGGCUUCCACGGCGUCUACUGGACCAUCACCGGCGCCUCCGUCGCCGCCUUCCUCAUCUCCCUCUUCAUGAAGCGCCACAGCAUGGACAAGAUGCUCGCGACAAAGUUCGUUCUCGAAGGCGCCCGCACGACCAUGGUGCCCAACCCGGCCAUCAUGACCAACGCCAUCCCCAUCCAAACCAACAGCUCUUCUCAGGACAAGUUCUCGUCGGAAUCACCCCGCCGACUCCCACCCCUGUUCAAAGACUCCCCUAUGCCGUCGGCAUUUGACUCUGAGUCGACUUACACCAUGGCUAAGUCUAGCCGCGAUGAAGAGAAACCUGACUCCCCACCGCCAGCAGAGCCGCAAGAGCCUGAAGUUCCCGGGGAGGUGGAGCAAGUUGCUGUGGCGUAUUUUGUUGAGGCAUCGGGCAAGAUUGUCCCGGUGGAUAUACUUCCUGAGCAUCAACCUGUGUCCCAGAUGGGAUCGGUGUUUGAGUUCGCUGGUCAGCACAAAGAGGAGGGGGAGUCUCCUAGGUAUCCACUCUGGGAGCCCCAACCCGGGGAGGAGGAUGAGGUUGUUGAGGAGGAUGCCAGCCCCGAGGAGCUUUUUGAACGGGCGUUGGGUAAUGGAUCGAUACACUCCGCCUCGACGGAGGAGGAGCUGGCGGAGCAGGAGGCCGUGGUUGCUGAUUUGGCGCCCGAGUGGAUGCAGGAGAGGGAGGAAGAGUCGAGAUGAGGAGGAGAAGGAGGAGGGGGGGGGAUGGGAUGUUGUGUAGGUACUAUGGUGAAUACCCUGGCAGCAUUGCAUGAUAGGAGUUUUUUUUUUCUUGUUUUUUUUUUGGAUGGAUGGAAAAUGGAUGGGUGUUUAUUUAGUUAGAGACUUUUUCUUUGGGAAGUUUGGUAGUGUCAAAGAUCAGCUUGCUGAGAGGCAAUUUUAGGUUAAUUUCAUGAUGG